GCGGAAAAUGUCUCCCGGCCGAGGGAAGAAGCGGCUGGAUCCAAACCCGUCCCCGGACAUUAGCUGCGAUCAAGCGGGACGAGUGCACAGUAUCAUCCCACUACAGAGUUGUGUUAAUUGAAAAUACUUUGGGCGAUGAGGGCGCAGCUUCGAAAACUGAUCUUGCUCCUCCUUCUGUUGGACAUCUCGCUCGCCACCCUCUACGUGUCCCAGUGGCCUCGGAGGUUGGAGGUCCCGAGUGGCUCCAACGUGACGCUGCACUGCGAAGUUCUGGGGCUGACGGAGCCCCGGGUGAUAAUCUACCCUUAUUGGGUGAUCGGCGGGACGGAGGAGGGGGAAGAAGAACGUGUCGUCUACCCGCCCCCACAGGAAACCCAGCGGGAAGACGCCCUACCUGAGAGUGAGAUCGGCACGGGACUCUCCCUCCAAGUCCGGCACCUCCGCCCGAGCCACUCUAACACCUACCGCUGCCUGGCGUCCGUUCACCUUCCCGACCGGCGGCUGCUGCUCCGAGGGAACGGGACCGUGCUCCUGGUACGAGACAGCUCCCUCUCCACCAUCUACGUGUCCCAGUGGCCUCGGAGGUUGGAGGUCCCGAGUGGCUCCAACGUGACGCUGCACUGUGAAGUUCUGGGGCUGACGGAGCCCCGGGUGAUAAUCUACCCCUAUUGGGUGAUCAGCGGGAUGGGGGAGGGAGAGGAGGAACGUGUCAUCUACCCAGCCCCAGAGGAAUCCCGGCAGGAAGCCACCCUACCUGAGAGUGAGAUCGGCACGGGACUCUCCCUCCAACUCCGGCACCUCCGCCCGAGCCACUCCAACACCUACCGCUGCCUGGCAUCCGUUCAUCUUCCCGACCGGCAGCUGCUGCUCCGAGGGAACGGGACCGUGCUCCUGGUACGAGACAUCUCGCUCGCCACCCUCUACGUGACCCAGUGGCCUCAGAGGGUGGAGGUCCCGAGUGGUUCCAACGUGACGCUGCACUGCGAGGUUCUGGGACUGACCGAUCCCCGGGUGAAAAUCUACCCCUUUUGGGUGGUCGGUGAGAAGGGGGAGGGAGAGGAGGAACGUGUCGUUUACCCGCUCCCAGAGGGAUCCCAGCAGCAAGAUGCUCUCCCUGAGAGUGAGAUCGACACGGGACUCUCCCUCCAACUCCGGCACCUCCGCCCGAGCCACUCCAACACAUACCGCUGUCUGGCGUCCGUUCGCCUUCCCGACCGGCCGCUGCUGCUCCGAGGGAACGGAACCGUGCUCCUGGUACGGGACGGCUCCCUCGUCACCCUCUACGUGUCCCAGUGGCCUCGGAGGUUGGAGGUCCCGAGUGGCUCCAACGUGACGCUGCACUGCGAAGUUCUGGGGCUGACGGAGCCCCGGGUCAUAAUUGACCCCUAUUGGGUGGUGGGCGGGACAGAGGACGAGGGAGAGGAACGUGUCCUCUACCCGCCCCCCGAGGGAUCCCGGCAGCAAGAUGCUCUCCCUGAGUGUGAGAUCGGCACGGGACUCUCCCUCCAACUCCGGCACCUCCGCCCGAGCCACUCCAACACCUACCGCUGCCUGGCGUCCGUUCAUCUUACCGACCGGCGGCUGCUGCUCCGAGGGAACGGGACCGUGCUCCUGGUACGAGACAUCUCGCUCGCCACCCUCUCCGUGUUCCAGUGGCCUCGGAGGUUGGAGGUCCCGAGUGGCUCCAACGUGACGUUGCACUGCGAAGUUCUGGGGCUGACGGAGCCCCGGGUGAUAAACUACCCCUAUUGGGUGGUCGGCGGUACAGAGGAGGAGGGAGAGGAGCGUGUCGUCUAUCCGCCCCCCCCCCCCCCGAGGGAUCCCAGCAGCAAAAUGUUCUCCCUGAGAGUGAGAUCGGCACGGGACUCUCCCUCCAACUCCGGCACCUCCGACCGAGCCACUCCAACACCUACCGCUGCCUGGCGUCCGUUCACCUUCCCGACCGCCAGCUGCUGCUCCGAGGGAACGGGACCAUGCUCCUGGUACGAGGUUCUCCUCGGGAGCCACUGCCUUUUUACAUCCUGCUCGUCCUGAAGGCGCUCGCUCUCCUAGUCCUGACCACCGUGUACCGGCUCCCAAAGAGCAACAGCGAACCAGCGCACCGAGCGCCCCCUGGCGGUCGUUCCGUAAAGUGCGGACUCUGAGGCGACAGGGACAGCGGAGAAAAAGCCCCAUCACUGCUGGCGGACCCAGGACACUUCCUGAAGUACCUCCUCUUGCAGCCUGGACUGUGCCAGUAACCAGCUUUCUCCCACCGACAUCUCACUGUCAGGAGAGACCAACAAAUUUCCGACAGACCAAAGGACGUCCUUCAUUGAGCCGAUGAUCUUCUAGUAGAACUUGAUGCCCGUCUGUGUGUGACCUGGGAAAUAGUCUGUUUCUCAGAGAAUGCUUCUUUUCACAGCUGAUGGGGAUGAACCGGUACACGGACCCUUGCAUCCGUCUCCACACCGCCCGAGCGAAUCCGCGGUCUGCGAAGAGGUGGUGACCGUGUGUUACUGAGAUCUGGCGAUGCGGCGUUCUGCCGUUUGCUCAGCUAUUCACCCCACGGCCGCUGUGCCGCAGUGUCUGCAGGAAGUGCCGCGCAGACCACUGCCCGAUGGAUUUGUGGAGAGAGGUGUAGGCUUAGAAGAAUUCCCAAUAGUGUGGCAAUGUUUUCGUAGUUGAAAAAUAUCUUUAUUAAUAAUUUUUUUAAAGAAAACAAGAACAAGCGGCCUUUCGUUCUUAAAUUCAUAGUGAAUGCUUUCAUUAGUGUUUGAUUACAUUCCUUAACACCAAUAGGAUCGUUGUCAAUCAUGUACACUACUACAGUAAUUAAGGGGCUUCCUUACCCAACCCGGCCCCUCCCUCUCCAGUAGUGAAGGAACAUUACACUGUGGCGCUUCAGCACCGAGCCCUGCGGUGCCUGAACCCGGCUUCAGCGCCUCCCUCAGCACGGUGUCUUGUCGCCAUUCGGCAGCUCCCAUCCACGGACAUCUCGAUGACCAAUGAGGUCGGGCUGACCAAAGGUGCCUUUCACCGAGUUGAUGAUCUGCCAGCUGCACUUGAUGUCUGUCUCCUUGUGUGUCCCUGCGAACAGCCCGGAGAUGAGAGAGUCCUCUGUCACGCAGCUGCUCGGGAUGAACAAAGAAACACGACUUCUCACCUCUCCACAUCAUUCAGUGCAGACCCUGCCGCCGCAAACACCUCCCGUCAGUCAUUGCAUUGGGUUUUUUUGCACCGUCUGUCUGAUCCAUCCAUCUGAUUGGCUAUACAUCUGUGAUUGACAGCGGCUGGUUCAUUCCCUGAGAAGUGAAGUUGCCGGCGAGCUCCUCACACACCGAUCAUCUGUCUCGCACACACACCAACCGAAAUAACAGGAUGAGGGACAGGAUAUCAAGGAAAGGAAUGGGCACUCAUUGAGGUGGAUGGAUGAAAAGAGAAUUUUGGGGUUGGACUUUGAAACUGCAUCUGUUUGGUGAAAUGUAGUGUUGUCAUGAAAUGACAAAAAGGAGGCGAUCCAGAAAUAUACUUUACUUGUCAUAACAAAAUGGAACCUAAAUUGUACCAGAGUGCUUUGCGACAUUAUGCAUAUGAAUACCGAGUCCCAAAGAUGAAAAAGUUUUCUAAAGCGAGGACGAGGGAACCAUAGCUGAGAAGAGGGCAUUUAUUAGAGGAAAAAUUAGUGAAAAAUUAGAUAAUUGGGAAGUUAUAAAAACCAACAGAAGGCAGCAAAACUAAAAAAUCAUGGGGGCUGGGGAAGAUGAAAUAUGAAGGCAAACUAACCAAUAAUAUGCAAGAGGGUACAAAAUGUUUCUCCUGAUAUGCGAGAGGCGGGAGUUAAUAUCAGACCGUUGGAAAAUGUCACUGGAGAGUUAGUAAUGGGGACAAAGAUAUGGUGGAUGGAUUAAUUAGUAUUUUCCAUCAGUCUUCACUGUGGAAGACAAUAACAGAAUGCCAGAAAUGCGAGAGUGUCAGGGGGCAGAAGUGAGUGAAGUUGCCAUUACUAGGGAGAAGGUGUUUGGGGAACUGACGGGUCUGAUAGUAGAAAGGUCACCUGGACCCAGAUGGACUACCAGCACUCCAGGAUUCUGAACGAGGUUGCUGAAGGGACUGUGGAGGAUUUCAAGAAUCACUACAAUCUGGAAUGCAUCCUCCGGACUGGAAAAAUAUAGAUGUCACUCCACUACUUAAGAAGGGAGAGAGGCAGAAGGAAAGUAUGGGCCGUUUAACCUGCUUUAGUAGUUGGGAAGAUGUUGGAGUCCAUUACUAAGGAGGAGCUUCAGGGUACUUGAAACCACAAGACUAAAUAGGCCAAAACCUGCAUUACUUCCAUCAGAGGAAAUCUUGCCUACAAAUCCAUUGGAAUUCCUUGAGGUGAUAACUGGCAGGAUAGGUAAAGAGGUGCCAAUUCAUAUUGUUUAUUUGGACUUUCAGAAGCCCUUUGACAAGGUUCUGCACAUGAGACAGUUUAACAAGUUAAGGGCCCAUGAUAUCACUGGAAGGAUACUUGCAUGGAUAGAAGAAUGGAUACCUGGCAGGAAGGAAAGAGUGGGAAUAAAGGGGGCCUAUUGUGUUUGGCUGACUGUGUCUAAAUUGCCAGCCUGGAGAAUAGCAUCAUCCCACCUCAGAAUACCCUCAGAUAAAGAUCCCGGGAUCAGGAUCAGUAACAUUUUCCUUGACUAGCAAUGCCAAACCCCCCACACAUCAUUCCUCUUCCCCUAUCACGUCUGAAACAUCGGAACCCUGGAACAUUAAGCUGCCAGUGCUGCCCCUCCUGCAGCCAAGUUUCACUAAUGGCUAUAAUGUCGUAAUUCCAUGUGUCAGUCCACGCCCUCAGUUCGUCAGCCUUCCCCACAAUACUCCUUGCAUUGAAAUAGAUACACCUCAGAAGAUUAUUACAACCACACACAACCCUUCAAUUUGUGACAUUGCAUGAACCUUUAACAUCAUUUACUUUCAUCCCCACUUCACUAUCUGCUCUGGCACCCUGGUUCCCAUCCCCCUGCAAAUCUAGUUUAAACCCUCCCCAACAGCACUGUCAAACCUCCCUGCAUGGAUAUUGGUCCCCUUGUAGUUCAGGUGUAACCCGUCUCUCUUGUACAGGUCCCACCUGCCCCAGAAGAGGUCCCAAUGAUCCUGAAAUCUGAAACCCUGCCACCUACACCAGUUCCUCAUCCACGUGUUCAUCUGCCAGAGGCAUCCCAUUCUUGCCCUCACUGGCAGGUGGCACAGGUAGCAAUCCUGAGAUUACCACCCUCGAGGUCCUGCUUUUCAACUUCCUACCAAGCUCUCUAUACUCACUCUCCAGGACCUCCUCACUCUUUCUUGCUAUGUCAUUGGUACCGAUGUGUACCAUGACAUCUGGCUGAUCACCCUCCCACUUCAAAAUGCUGUGCACAUGAUCAGAGACAUCCGAUCUGCCUCCACACCCACUGCCGUUCCCACUCACAUUCUUUAAGAAUGCUUUUUGCACAUUCUCUAAGAAUUGAGUUUGCUGCAGUCAGGUCAACUCCAGUUUCAGCUUUACUGGUUGAAAUGGGACAAUUACCCUUGCAGUUGUGGAGGAUGAAGUUGUUGUUGACAUACUGGGCUAACUUAAGGGGGCAGAGGAAUGAUCACCCUGUUAAAAGUUUGCUGGAAGGCUGUUGGGAACAUCACAAGAAGAGAGUUUUCAGUUUCCGUUGGCUGCGUUCUCAUCAGGCUAGGAAUAUGGGUUUGUUGUAUUAUGUAAUUUGUCCCACUGUAUGUUUUUCGGUAACCCCAUCAUGGUUUUUCCCCAAUGGCGUUAGUUGAUUAUAGGUUGAAUGUUUUAAUGAAAUCCGAAGUUCCUGAAAUGCCCGAGAGUCUGUGGGUUCAUCAGUAUUUUAGAGAGAAUUAUUGUGAUAUGUUAACCAUUUUUACUGAUGGAUCAAAAGAUAAUAUAACGGGAAAUAACCGUGUGCUGUGUUUGUGCCUAAAUUACAGGUAACAAUGAAGAAAUGCCUUACUAACUAUAUAUCAGUGUAUACUGCAGAACUGGUUGCCAUCGUUCUAGGCUUACAGUGAG